ACCUUCGACCCCGCUCUUGGACGUCGCUCAGCCACACAUUGCAACAUGGUCUUUAAGGUCCUCUUGGUCGCAGCCGCCGUGCUCUGCCUCGGCCGGGCGUCCCCGCAGAGGCAACAAGCCCUGGGCGUCCUGCAGCCCCAGAACUCUCGUGACCUGGGCGACUACGAGCACAUCGUCGCCGCCACCAUCGACGUGCUGCCCGAAAUCGCCAAGGUCUUCAACAAGAUCUCGCAGUCCCAGGGCAAGGCCAGUGAACCCCAGAUCAUCAAUAGGGUCAUGACAGAGUUCUUGCCCAUCACACGCAAGCUCAUAGAGGCCACGGAGAAGGUGGAGGGCACCAAGAUCCCGGAUGACACGCACCACCGCUUUAACGCCGCCGAGAGGGUCAUGCCUCACGUGGUCACCUUCAUGGAGCAGCUCAGGGAUAUGGACUUAUUUGGAAUCUCCACCACCACGAAGAGGCCUACGCGACGCCUGUAGUGUUGCUAUCCACUCUGUAGCAGUUCCUCGUAUCACCGACAUCGUCCCCUGACUUGCCCCUCUCCCCUGCGCUUGAUUUGCUGUCAACUGCAUUUAUGUUCAUUUGUAAACAGUUUCUCGUCUUAGUGCUGUCAUUCUGAGUCUCUGCUCGGAGGUAUCCUUAAAGUUUAUAUUAGUAUAAAAUAUUACACUACAAGUAAAAAUAUAGACAUA